CCGGGUAGCCGCCAUGUCGGUCUCCAGCAGCGGCCAGAUUCUGACAAAGCCGGAGACCCUAGACCGGAGGGGAAGUGCGGGAACGGCCGAAGAGGCCAGACGUCCACUGGAGAUGGCUUCGUCCGAGCCCGGGGCCAGCGCCGCGGGAUCAGUAACAUUCAAAGAUGUGACUAUGGCCUUUACUGAGAAGGAAUGGGAGCAAUUGGAUCCUACUCAGAGGAAUCUGUACAAGGAUGUAAUGCUAGAGAACUACAGCAACCUAGCCUCAAUGGGGUUUCAAGCUCCAAAACCAGACAUGAUCUCCAAGUUGGAAAAAGGAGAAGAGCCAUGGUUGGAGAAGGGAAAAAGGCCCAAUCAAGGUCAUUCAAAUAAAAUAGCAAGACCCAAGAAAAUAGGAAUCAAUGGAAAGGAAGUCCAGCAGGAUGAUGAUCAGCUUAAGAGUAACCAGAAAUCCCAAAACAAACUCCUUGGGGAAGUUGCAUCCAAAAAGAAAACUCUGACUAAAAAGAAAGGCAAUGAGUGUGGUUCACUGGGGAAAAAGAAUAACAUGAGUACAAAAUGUGUUCCUUCAAAAAAACGGCUUCUUAAAUUUGAUUCACAUGGAACGAGUUUGAAACAGAGUGUAGAUUUACCUGAUCACAUAAGAAACUGUGCAAAAAAGAAACCUGAUACAGCUAAAGAAGACAAGAUGUCAUUCAGACAUAGCUUAUCUGAUAAAAAGAAAAUUGGAAAUCAAACUGGAAAGAAACGUGAGAAAUUAUCCAACCAUAGCUCAUCUGGUAAGUGUGAAAAAACACAAACUGGCAAGAAACAUGAGAAAUUAUGCCAUCGUAGCUCAUCUCGUGCUAAGCAGGACAAAAUUCAAACUGGAGAGAAAUCAUCCAACCCUAGCUCAUCUAUUAAGCAUGGCAAAACUCAAGCUUGUGUGAAACCCUAUGAAUGUAAUCAGUGUGGGAAAGUUCUCAGCCAUAAACAAGGACUCAUUGACCAUCAGAGGAUUCAUACUGGUGAGAAACCAUAUGAAUGUAAUGAAUGUGGGAUAGCCUUUAGCCAAAAGUCACACCUUGUUGUACAUCAGAGAACUCACACUGGAGAAAAACCAUAUGAAUGUAUUCAGUGUGGCAAAGCCCAUGGUCAUAAACAUGCUCUCACUGACCAUCUAAGAAUUCAUACUGGUGAAAAGCCAUAUGAAUGUACUGAAUGUGGGAAAACCUUCAGACACAGCUCAAACCUUAUUCAACAUGUGAGAUCUCAUACAGGUGAGAAGCCCUAUGAAUGUAAAGAAUGUGGAAAAUCCUUUAGAUAUAACUCAUCUCUUACUGAACAUGUACGAACUCAUACAGGUGAAAUACCAUAUGAAUGCAAUGAAUGUGGAAAAGCAUUUAAAUAUAGCUCAUCUCUUACUAAACAUAUGAGAAUUCAUACAGGUGAGAAACCUUUUGAAUGUAAUGAAUGUGGGAAAGCUUUCAGCAAGAAGUCACACCUUAUUAUACAUCAAAGAACUCAUACUAAGGAGAAACCUUAUAAAUGUAAUGAAUGUGGAAAAGCCUUUGGACAUAGCUCAUCUCUUACCUACCAUAUGAGAACUCAUACAGGUGAAAGCCCCUUUGAAUGUAAUCAAUGUGGGAAGGCCUUUAAACAAAUUGAAGGCCUUACUCAACAUCAGAGAGUUCAUACUGGGGAAAAACCCUAUGAGUGUAAAGAGUGUGGGAAAUCCUUUAGUCAAAAGUCACACCUCAUUGUACAUGAAAGAACUCAUACUGGAGAGAAACCCUAUGAAUGUAAUGAAUGUGGAAAAGCCUUCAGUGCAAAGUCACAGCUUGUUAUACAUCAGAGAUCCCACACUGGAGAAAAACCCUAUGAAUGUAAUGAAUGUGGGAAAGCCUUCAAACAAAAUGCCUCUCUUACCAAACACAUGAAAACUCAUUCAGAUGAGAAACUUCAUGAAAAAAAUUAAUGUGAGAAAUCUGCUAACUAAACUUAAGGUUGUGUUUGACUUUGGAAAUAUUCUUUUUUUUUUUUUUUCCUUUGAGACAGUCUCAUCACUCUUGUUGCCCAGGGUAGAGUGCUAUGACAUCAUAGCAACCUCAAACUCUUGGGCUUAAGUGAUCCCCUUGCCUCAGCCUCUCCAGUAGCUGGGACUACAGGAAUCUGCCAGAAGGCCCAGCUAGUUUUUCUAUUUUUAUUAGAGAUGGGGUUUCACUUUUGCUCAGACUGGUCUAGACUCCUGAGCUCAGGUAAGAUCUACCUGAUUUGGCCUCCCAGAGUGCUAGGGUUACAGGCAUGAGCCACUGCACCAAUCCAACUUUGAAAAUAUUCUGAAUUUAAACAGUGUUAGAAAGCCUCUAGCAAAAACUUGCACCUUGUCGCACAUGAGAAAAUUUGAAAAUGGACCUUCACAUAGAAGCAAUGGAUGGAAACAAGGGUUUAAACUUGAUACCAAAACUUUAAUAGAAAGAAAAUACCCAAUUAUUACAAAUGUUCUAUGUGUUCAGAUUGAAGUAUAAAGCUUCAAAAAGUUGUUAAUAAGCUGAAUGAUCAGAGCAAUGGAGGAAUAAGUUACAUAUACUGAACAAUUUCCAAUUGCCUGUGUGUUGUAUACUUAAGUAUCAUGUUUUAGAAUUGAAUUUGUGUAUUUGUUUUUUGCCUUGCAUAAAUGAGUGUGGGUAUUUGUAUGAUUUGCCCCUUUGAUAUCAUCAUCCAGCUUUUUCUUAAUGUGUAUGUUAGCUCUGCAUCAGCAGAAAUCUUUGUAAAAGUUGUUAUUUAUUUAAGAAAUGUUAACAGAAAAUUGUGAGAAAAUGGAAAAAGCAGCAAGGAUACAAAUGUGCUGAUAGGGAAUGAUGUUCAACAUAUAUUGUGAAGUGUAAAAAAGCAAAUUCCUUAAACACAUAUGCAUCUGUUUCUAUUUAUUUACAAAAAAAAAAAAAUAGAGUGUGUUUUACCUGUCUCUCUUUGUGUGUAUGUAUGUAUAUAUACACAUAAAUUUGUAUGUAAAUAGACCUUGAAUAAUACAGAAGAAACUUACUGGUGUUUGCUUUUGGGCAAAACAAGGAGUACAGGAUUGGGGUCUGGGAUUAGGGUAAGAACUUCUUGUUAUUGUAUGCUAUUUAAAUAUUUUAUCAUAUACAGGGAUUAUUUUUAUAAUUAAAAUAUAGAAUACUUUUAAUAUGCAUAAAUCAACAUUUAGGAUUGUUAUCAAGCCCCUCCACAAUGUUGUUUGACAGUAUUUAAAGUUUCUUUGCUUAUUUAUGAUUGAUGGUGAAUCUGAGGUAUAUAUAUUUGGUUUUGAAUUACAAAGACAUUUCCUAUCAUGCACAAGUUCUUUCCUUAACCUGGUGAGUUAAAACUAUAAUAUCACUGUGCUUCAUCCAUUUGU